AAUGAAGUGAAAGCAGCUCGGAGACAUGAACUCCGCACCUUCUGUGAAAUCAUAGGAGUAACGUGUAGGAGCAGAGAACAUCUUAACAGAUUAAUAAACAGGUAGGAAUUCACCUGUUUGGGGAUUAUCAGGACAGGUUCAGACAGUGCUGGGUUUAUAUCUAAUGUAGUGUAUCCUACUGACUGCAGAUUAUCAGGACAAGCUCUUACAGUGAUGGGUUUAUAUCUAAUGUAGUGUAACGUACUGACUACAAAUUAUCAGGACAGGCUCAGACAGUGCUGGGUUUAUAUCUAAUAUAGUGUAUCCUACUGACUGCAGAUUAUCAGGACAGGCUCAGACGGUGAUGGGUUUAUAUUAAAUAUAGUGUAUCCUACUGACUGCAGAUUAUCAGGACAAGCUCUGACAGUGCUGGGUUUAUAUUAAAUAUAGUGUAUCCUACUGACUGCAGAUUAUCAGGACAAGCUCUGACAGUGAUGGGUUUAUAUCUAAUGUAGUGUAACGUACUGACUACAAAUUAUCAGGACAGGCUCAGACAGUGCUGGGUUUAUAUUAAAUAUAGUGUAUCCUACUGACUGCAGAUGAUCAGGACAGGCUCAGACAGUGCUGGGUUUAUAUCUAAUAUAGUGUAUCCUACUGACUGCAUAUUAUCAGGACAGGCUCAGACAGUGCUGGGUUUAUAUCUAAUAUAGUGUAUCCUACUGACUGCAUAUUAUCAGGACAGGCUCAGACAGUGCUGGGUUUAUAUCUAAUAUAGUGUAACCUACUGACUGCAGAUUAUCAGGACAGGCUCAGACAGUGAUGGGUUUAUAUUAAAUAUAGUGUAUCCUACUGACUGCAGAUUAUCAGGAUAGGCUCAGACAGUGCUGGGUUUAUAUUUAAUAUAGUGUAUCCUACUGACUGCAGAUUAUCAGGACAGGCUCAGACAGUGAUGGGUUUAUAUUAAAUAUAGUGUAUCCUACUGACUGCAGAUUAUCAGGACAGGCUCAGACAGUGCUGGGUUUAUAUUUAAUAUAGUGUAACCUACUGACUGCAUAUUAUCAGGACAAGCUCUGACAGUGCUGGGUUUAUAUAUAAUGUAGUGUAUCUUCCUAUAAUGAAAUCUCCGGGCUGUAUAUUAUCAGACAGUGACAUUAAUUAAAUAAUUUGCUGUAUGUCUUUGUGUGUAUGCAGCAUGAGUAAGAGCCAUGUGUCCUGAUGUCUAUGUAAUAGGAGAAAGUGAAAGAUAUUUGUCCGUAUGUUGGUGCUUAUGUGUUGUCAUGUUUUUCUAUUAGGAGGAGGUGAGAGGUAUGUGUCCUGAUGUCUGUGUAUUAGGAGACGGUGAGAGGUGUGUGUCCUGAUGUCUGUGUAUUAGGAGGAGGUGAGAGGUAUGUGUCCUGAUGUCUGUGUAUUAGGAGGAGGUGAGAGGUUUGUGUCCUGAUGUCUGUGUAUUAGGAGACGGUGAGAGGUGUGUGUCCUGAUGUCUGUGUAUUAGGAGGAGGUGAGAGGUGUGUGUCCUGAUGUCUGUGUAUUAGGAGGAGGUGAGAAGUAUGUGUCCCAAUGUCUGUGUAUUAGGAGGAGGUGAAACGUUUGUGUCCUGAUGUCUGUGUAUUAGGAGAAGGUGAGAGGUGUGUCCCCUGAUGUCUGUGUAUUAGGAGGAGGUGAGAAGUGUGUGUCCUGAUGUCUGUGUAUUAGGAGGAGGUGAAACGUUUGUGUCCUGAUGUCUGUGUAUUAGGAGAAGGUGAGAGGUGCGUGUCCUGAUGUCUGUGUAUUAGGAGGAGGAGAGGUGCCCUGAUGUCUGUGUAUUAGGAGGAGGUGAGAGGUGAGUGUCCUGAUGUCUGUGUAUUAGGAGAAGGUGAGAGGUGUGUGUCCUGAUGUCUGUGUAUUAGGAGGAGGUGAGAGGUGUGUGUCCUGAUGUCUGUGUAUUAGGAGGAGGUGAGAGUUAUGUGUCCUGAUGUCUGUGUAUUAGGAGGAGGUGAGAGGUGCGUGUCCUGAUGUCUGUGUAUUAGGAGGAGGUGAGAGGUAUGUGUCCUGAUGUCUGUGUAUUAGGAGGAGGUGAGAGGUAUGUGUCCUGAUGUCUGUGUAUUAGGAAGAGGUGAGAGGUGCAUGUCCUGAUGUCUGUGUAUUAGGAGGAGGUGAGAGGUGUGUGUCCUGAUGUCUGUGUAUUAGGAGGAGGUGAGAGGUAUGUGUCCUGCUAUCUGUGUAUUAGGAAGAGGUGAGAGGUAUGUGUCCUGAUGUCUGUGUAUUAGGAGGAGGUGAGAGGUGUGUGUCCUGAUGUCUGUGUAUUAGGAGGAGGUGAGAGGUGUGUGUCCUGAUGUCUGUGUAUUAGGAGGAGGUGAGAGGUGUGUGUCCUGAUGUCUGUGUAUUAGGAGGAGGUGAGAAGUAUGUGUCCCAAUGUCUGUGUAUUAGGAGUAGGUGAAACGUUUGUGUCCUGAUGUCUGUGUAUUAGGAGAAGGUGAGAGGUGUGUGUCCUGAUGUCUGUGUAUUAGGAGGAGGUGAGAGGUGUGUCCCCUGAUGUCUGUGUAUUAGGAGGUGAGAAGUGUGUGUCCUGAUGUCUGUGUAUUAGGAGGAGGUGAGAGGUAUGUGUCCUGGAUGUUCCGUAUUAGGAGAAGUGAGAGGUAAAACUGGGAUGUCUGUGUAUUAGAGGAGGUGAGGUGUGUGUCCUGAUGUCUGUGUGCAGUAUUAGGAGGAGGUGAGAGCGUCCUGGAUGUCUGUGUAUUAGGAGGAGGUGAGAGGUGCGGUCCUGACAGUCUGUGUCCUGAUGUCUGUGUAUUAGGAGGAGGUGAGAGGUAUGUGUCCUGAUAUCUGUGUAUUAGGAGAAGGUGAGAGGUGCGUGUCCUGAUGUCUGUGUAUUAGGAGGUGGUGAGAGGUGUGUGUCCUGAUGUCUGUGUAUUAGGAGGAGGUGAGAGGUGUGUGUCCUGAUGUCUGUGUAUUAGGAGGAGGUGAGAGGUAUGUGUAUUAGGAGGAGGUGAGAGGUAUGUGUCCUGAUGUCUGUGUAUUAGGAGGAGGUGAGAGGUGUGUGUCCUGAUGUCUGUGUAUUAGGAGAGGUGAGAGGUAUGUGUCCUGAUGUCUGUGUAUUAGGAGGAGGUGAGAGGUAUGUGUCCUGAUGUCUGUGUAUUAGGAGGAGGUGAGAGGUAUGUGUCCUGAUGUCUGUGUAUUAGGAGGAGGUGAGAGGUAUGUGUCCUGCUAUCUGUGUAUUAGGAGGAGGUGAGAGGUAUGUGUCCUGCUGUCUGUGUAUUAGGAAGAGGUGAGAGGUAUGUGUCCUGAUGUCUGUGUAUUAGGAGGAGGUGAGAGGUGUGUGUCCUGAUGUCUGUGUAUUAGGAGGAGGUGAGAGGUAUGUGUCCUGCUAUCUGUGUAUUAGGAGGAGGUGAGAGGUAUGUGUCCUGAUGUCUGUGUAUUAGGAGGAGGUGAGAGGUAUGUGUCCUGAUGUCUGUGUAUUAGGAGGAGGUGAGAGGUAUGUGUCCUGAUGUCUGUGUAUUAGGAAGAGGUGAGAGGUGUGUGUCCUGAUGUCUGUGUAUUAGGAGGAGGUGAGAGGUAUGUGUCCUGCUAUCUGUGUAUUAGGAGGAGGUGAGAGGUAUGUGUCCUGAUGUCUGUGUAUUAGGAGGAUGUGAGAGGUAUGUGUCCUGAUGUCUGUGUAUUAGGAGGAUGUGAGAGGUAUGUGUCCUGAUGUCUGUGUAUUAAGCAUUUGGACACAUACCUCUCACCUCUUCCUAUGUAUUAGGAAAUUGUGAGAAUUAUGGGACCUGUAGAGGGAUCAAAACAUGAUUACCAAUUUCCCCAGGAUGUGUAGAAUAUGCAGUUAAGAUGAGGCUGGUAUGGUAUUUGUCACUAAGUAGUGGUUUCAUACAGAGAAUGCUAACCCUUCACACUUGUCAGGAGUAACGGUUUAAACACGCUGCAUUGUGUUUCUGGUUUGAAGAGUGUGAGAAUAUUAUAUACAGUUUAACCCCGUAGACACCAGCGACUGUGACAUUGUCUCUCUUUGCAGUUUACGCUACGUGUCAUAGCUGCCUUCAUCCGUCCCAGGGAGACAAAGCUGUCCCUGAUGUCUUUGCAGGACAGUUGAGAGGUAUGUGCUAAAUGCAGACAUUCUUAUCGUUUAUCAGUCUGACCAAGAGAGGGAGCGUGGCUAUGGUAUUAACCAGUUCAGUGCUGGUCUGUGAACAGCACUUGGGGAAUUAAUUCAGUGCUUUCAAGACAAACUUUUCAUUCAACAAUAGAUCUAACCUGGAAUAAAACUCUGUGUUAGAUCCGUCAACAUUUAUGGGAUCCUUUUUGAAUGGAUGUGAAAUUGACAAGUAUUGCUGCAAUCGGCUGAAAUUAGUAACGUCUGGUACUCUACUGUGGAGUGACACUGCAUCUUACUUGGUAUAUUUAGUAAACUGUGCUGUAAAUAUAUAUCAUGGGCACCCCUAGGAAAAAUGACCACUGGUAUCUCUUUCCCAUCAUCAGAAAUCUAAAUUAAGUGAACUUCAAGCAGCAGACCCACUACAGCCGCUGCAGUGUUUAUGGUGCUAAAAGUGCUGUGGCACCCUCCCAGAGUAAGUAGUCAAACCAUUUAAGAAAGGUUUGAAAACUUAUCUGCGUCCCGCCCGGCAUGAGGGCACGCUUGGCACUAUAACAACUGCAGCAGACUGUAGCGGUUCUGGUUCUGCAAGUCUUCCUUUAAUAAAAAAUACCUCCAAAAUAGGAACUGGAGAUAACUGGAUUGUAAACUAUUUUUAAUGCAAGUCAUACUCUCUAUUAGUACUACUAGGAGCCAUAGUAAUAUUGCAGUACUCCUCGUGGCCAAACAUUAGAGUUUGUGGGGUUUUAAGCAUGGCAAGUGCAUCUUGGGAAUCUAAGUCCACUGCAAAUAUGAUUUCUUGAAGUGCAUGUCCUGGCUGCCUGACCACAGUAAGCAAUGGAACCUUCACAGACCUAAAUGUAAAAUCGCCAUAAAUUGACACAUAUUGACAAUGUCAGGAGUUAAAUCAUAGUGGGGAGGAACUGUCAAUCACACUGUUCGUUUCCUGUUGUGACGUCCUUUUGGUGACACACUUGCUUCAGAAGGCACCAGAAAAAAUAUAAUAUCAACACAUAAUGCGUUAGUUAUUUAUGUUCUAAUAUUAACGUCUUGUAUUUUAGCAUUACAUUGUAUUAAUAUGUGCAGAAAAUGUUAUUUCGGUUUCAAUUUACAUUGGUUCUCGACUUGCAAUGUGAUUAAGAAGUUAAAGGGGAAGUGGCACUUCUCCAGAUUUUUUUAGAUUAUGUUCGAUUAUCCCUAUUUUUAACAGUUACGUAUUUGUGAGAUGUGAAAAAAAACAAACAAUAAAUAUAGAAAUCCACUCAUCUUUACCCUACACCUGGGCGCCUCCGUCUUAGCUCCCUGUCAAUCAUUGUGAUAAGUUCUGUCCUUUACACAUUGUGUCAACAGUAUAAAGUAAGCAUACAGGGCAGGAGAGAAAUGAAAUAGUGAAUAGUGAUGAUAUAGGUUUGCCCUGUCUGAACUGGAUUAGCUAAACUCUUUAAUAGAAACUGAAGAUAAAACAGAGCAUAUCAUGUAAAAAUGUUAACACACGUUUUAGGCGAUUUCAAUGUUUUAUCCAAUGGUGGGACAGUUCCCCUUUUAACGUAUCUUUUUUUUUUUUUUUUAGGAAAUUCUAGUGCCGCAUUUGUUUGGUUUUAAACAGGGAGUAAAUUGAGUUAAAUAAUUUUAACAGAAAUAGCAGAGAUAUGUUCCCCGUAGAUUGAUUGUCUGUUUGCUACAUCUCACUGUCUUGUAAAUAAACCUCUAAGAAUUGUUUGGGAUUAUUUUCGUAUUAAAGCAGUUUGAUUGCCUAACUCACUGCCUCCCGUGGAACUUAGAUAAAAUGUUCCUAUUAGUUAUGCUACAAUACACAUUAGCAAAAUAAAGGGGAAUUGGGGGCACAGCCGAUACGUGCAUUUCUAAAUAGUGGUGCUUCUGUAAAGACAAAAAUAAAUACAAGAUACAGACGUUAAGGGAACAGUGCAUACAGAAAAAAAUACAGUUUUCGAUUUUACAAGGCUACCUAAAAUCACCGAUCUCAGCAAACAAAUACAGGGAUUGUCACUUUGCCACAUUGGGUUAAGCCCACCACUACGUCACAGCACCCUAAUAUCGGUGGGUCAUUCACUAAUUUUAACACUGGAGAUUAACAUGCUAACUGCAAUACUAACUGCUAAAUCUGCUUCCAGAGACAAUAUACAUUAACGUCAGCUGAAUAAUGCCAAUCACAGGUUUAAACUGAUCUUGUUCACCUUACAUAUAGGUGUCUCUUGGGUUCGUAAGAUAAAUGCAAGCCACAAAAGGUAUAUCUAAAUUUUUUCAAAUUUUUACCAAUCAACACUGGCCAUCUUUUGCCGUUGCCAUUUGUCUAUUAAAUACGGAAAAUGAUUAUUAUAAUUUUAUAAAAAUAUUGCUACCAUAUAGUUAUAAUAUUAAUAAAUUUUUGUUGUUAAAAUUAAAUCUUGGAAUUCCAUGGAUCGUCAAAAUUUGAAAACACCAAUCUUCUGAUUGUGACUUACCUACACUAAUACAUUUAAAUAUGUAUUUGUUAUAUAGCCAGAUCUGGGGAUUUUUCCAACCAAUCAUUCUGUGAUUUUAAAAUAAAAGUUUAACACAAAUUGGUAUGUACAAUGUAUCACAUCCAGACGCUCCCAGGGAGUAAAUGAUUGACUUUUGUGUACCGUAUUAAUUGAAAUUUAAUCAAUCCCAUUGAUACGAUACCUUAAAGGGAAUGUAUAUGUAUGAAUGUCGGCAUGGGAGGGGGGAGAUCGUUUGUUAAUGGUGUUGGUGAUCACUAAGGUUUGCUAGUGUUGACUGAAUAUUGAUUUCCAAUAAAAUGUUCAUCCUUAAAGGACCACUAUAGUGCCAGGAAAACAUACUCGUUUUCCUGGCACUAUAGUGCCCUGAGGGUGCCCCCACCCUCAGGGUCCCCCUCCCGCCCGGCUCUGGAAGGGGGAAAAGGGUAAUAACUUACCUUUUUCCAGCGCUGGGCGGAGAGCUCUCCUCCUCCUCUCCGCCUCCGUUACGCCCCGCCGGCUGAAUGCGCACGCGCAGCAAGAGCUGCGCGCGCAUUCAGCCCGUCGCAUAGGAAAGCAUUUACAAUGCUUUCCUAUGGACGCUUGCGUGCUCUCACUGUGAAAAUCACAGUGAGAAGCACGCAAGCGCCUCUAGUGGCUGUCAAUGAGACAGCCACUAGAGGAUUAGGGGGAAGGCUUAACCCAUUCAUAAUUAUAGCAGUUUCUCUGAAACUGCUAUAAUUAUGAAAAAAUGGGUUAACCCUAGAAGGACCUGGCACCCAGACCACUUCAUUAAGCUGAAGUGGUCUGGGUGCCUAGAGUGGUCCUUUAAACUAUAUCACAUUUAUGCAUUAUUUAACCACAUAGUAGUGAAAUGACUAAUUCAAUCUGGCAGUACCUAGAAAGGGUUUUUCUCGCCCUUCCUUUGGAAUAAUUCGCCCAAAUAUAUAUCUUGCUUACAUCUGACAUUUUAAGCAAUGACUGUAUUUAAAAAAAUAAAUAAAUAGAAUAUUUAAUGAGAAAUUAGUUAAUCUGUAGGAAACAGCUUGUUGAUCCGGUGGGGAAUCUGAAUGCAAUUUUGGAGUCAAGAAGGGUUUCACCCCCACCCCCUAUUUGUGACAAAAUUGGAAUUUGCUUCACAGUGGGCUUUCACCUUCUUUUGGAUCAACAGCAGUAAUGCACAUGUGUGAAAGGUUUGCGUGUUUUUAUUCAGCCUUUAUUACCAUCCAUGUAACUUACUUCCUAUGUCAUUUUAUACCUAGCUCCCAAUAUCAACGUCCCGUAAAGCGGAACACUCGUGGUUGGGGUAAAAAGAGUGAGCCAGUGACGUGCAUUGCGUCACUAGCACUGCCGAAAAGAAAGGGUAUGGGUCCACAUGAAAAAUAGGAAUGUCAGUUUGGCUUGAAUGCACCAGGCUGAGUGUCACUCAAGCAGGCCGGCCCACUAGGAACUUGAGCUUAGUGCAUGAAGGUUGAAUGAUUCGCUUGUACUACUUUUUCUAGGGAUUGUUAUCUUGUGUCCCUAAGUGGGGCACCAGGGAACAAAGUUGGAAUGGUGGGAUGGGGCCCCAAAAUAGAGACUGUACUGACAAAAUUGGAACUAGUUUAACAUAUGGCAUUUACGGAAGCUUAUAGGGGAGACAACAGGUAUCAUUACAGCUUUGUAUUCCUAACACUAUAGUGUCCCUUUAAUAUAUGUGUUUACCUAUACACUAUAGUGAUCCUCUGCCCUGUGCCCCCUCCCCCCCCCACCGCCUCUAUCAAAUGUUUAAAAACCCUUUAAUUCACUUACCUGAUUCCAUCGCUGAGGUCUCAGACAUCAGCAGGAGGGGGAACCUCCUGCCACAUGAGCAUUAAAGGGACACUAUAGUCACCAGAACAACUACAGCUUAAUCUAGUUGUUUUGGUGAGUAUAAUAAUUACCUUCAGGCAUUUUCAUGUAAACACUGCCUUUUCAGACUAAAGGCAGUGUUUACAUUGCCCCUAGGGACACAUCCAAGUGGCCACUCCUCAGAUGGCCACUGGAGGUGCUUCCUGAGGCAGUGCUGCAGUGUCCAGCACUGCCGUUCAGUGUCUCCACGCUCUGCAUGGAGACGCUGAAAUUUCCUCAUAAAGAUGCAUUGAUUCAAUGCAUCUCUGUGAGGAGAUGCUGAUUGACUAAAACGUGUUUGGCCCCGCCCUUGCUGAUUUCAGCCAAUCCAAUGCUUUCCCUAUGGGAAAGCAUUGGAUUGGUUAAAAAUCUGCACUUAUGAUGAUGUCACUAAGAGGCGGAUAGGGGUGGGGUCAGUGUUGGCAGACCCGCGCGGCGCUGGAAAUAAGGUGAGUUUUCACCUUUUCUAAGGGACCUAAGUGGGGGCAAGCCCCCUAAAUGGUGGAUUAAACACUAUAGGGUCAGGAAUACAUGUUUGUGUUCCUGACCCUAUAGUGUUCCUUUAAAGCCUUCCCCAUAGGAAACCAUUGAAUCAAUGCUUUCCGAUAGGAAUUUGCAAGAUGCUGGACAUCCUCAUGCAAAUCGUAAGAAUGGCCUACAUUUCACAUUAAAUUCCGUUCUUUUAAACACCCUUGAAAUGCCUAGUCCUUCUUAUAUAGUGGAUUGGAGGUGGUUUUUCAGACCAUUUAGUACUGGAUGUGUGCUAUUGCAGCAUGCGCCAAUUCACUUUUGAAUAUGGGCAAAGAAAUGACUUCCAGAAUCUAUAAAUAUCUAUAACAGGAUCCUAUAAUUCAGCUUACAACAGCACCCAUAUAUUGGUUUUCCUAACACGGCGUUUCACUGCUCCAGAAUCUUUAAAUUAAUACAUUAGGUAGUUUUAGAAUAUUGCAUAUUAUAUUUACACAUUACAUUAAACAAGAAGAAACAAGAUAAAUAUAUAUUAUAAGAAGUGAUUUCUCUACAGUAGUACUUACAACGGCUUGAUGUUUGCAUUAUUUAGCCCUCUUUGAUCAGAAGCACCAGCAAUGUCAGCUCGGAUCAGGCACGAUUUGAAUGGCUGAAACAGUCCUAGAGUACUUUUUUAAAUGCUUGUUGCUUCCACAUUAUAUCAGAAUUUAUGAACACACACUAGCUGUUCAUUACAUGCAUGUUUGAUUGGAUAUAUGCAAGUCUGUAAUUACAUAGUAACAUAGGCUGAAAAGAGAUGUGUGUCCAUCAAGUUCAGCCUUCCUCACAUUUGUUUUUGCUGUUGAUCCAAAAGAAGGCAAAAACCCCAGUUUGAAGCACUUCCAAUUUUGCAACAAACUAAGAAAAAAGUUCCCUCUUGACCCCAGAAUGGCAGUCAGGUUUGUCCUUUAAUAUUCUGUCCUUGCAAGUAUGCUGUUUAAACAUCUCUACGGACUUUGAUAAAACCACUUCUUCAGGCAGAGAAUUCCACAUCCUUAUUGUUUUUACGGUAAAAAAAAAAAAUUUCCUUUGCCUUAGACGAAAUCUUCUUUCUUCCAGUCUAAAUGCAUGACCUUGUGUCCUAUGUAAAGUCCAGUUUGUGAAUAGAUUUCCACACAAUGGUUUGUAUUGGCCACAAAUAUAUUUGUAUAAUGUUAUCAUAUCCCCUCUCAGGCGAUGUUUUUUUAAAUUUAUUAAUAGAUGUAAUAUUUUAUUAUAAACAAUAUUUAAAGGAAAACUGUCAUUUUUAAACAGAGGCAUUGCUAGGUUCUAGAAACACCUGAAGCUUUACCCUAAAGGAAAACGUGAUGGCCCCUACUCUAACAGAAAAACAGGGAUAUGCCGGUCAUGAUAUCCCCCCUAUGUAAUGUUUUACCUAUGAACACUGUGCUGCUGAUGCUCUCUGGGAUCUCAAUGAAAACAUUACCAAAAAACAAGAACAUGGUGUACAGUGCGGUAUUCAUUGUCAUCCCACCAUGCUACCUAACUAAUUGAAGGUCAUGCAGCAAAGUUCUGUUAACCAGCAUCCCUUUCUGACCGCUACCUGCGGAAUAUCACCGGUUCACACUGGCUUGGUGGAGAACCAUGCUACUGUUAUUUCUUUUUAUGGCCUCAAUUUCAUAUUAUUGGAUACGUUUUUCAAAUGAUUUAAUAAUUUUUGGAUCAUCGGCAUGAAGAAGCAACUGCCUAAUUUUAAAAUUAAAAAGAAUUUAAACAAAAACUAAUAUUCACCUGACUUCUCCACAACCUGUGGCGAUCCAGGGCAAGAGCCUGACAUCUACCGCCUCAUCAACACCUAUGUUGUUAAACCAAUACUGAUAUUGUUUAAUUCUGAAUUUGCUUUCUUAUCUUGCAUGUUCAGUUGUUUUUAUUCUAUUAGUUAAUAUACAGCAAAGAAAUCCUACGUCUCAGACACUGGGAAUUGAAACAGAUUUAAUGUUCAGUCACAAUCAUCUGGUAAUGUAGAUGUCUCAUUGUAAUGUUAAUUUAUUGAAGCAUUGUUCUUUUCCUUCACAGAGACAACGCGGCCCAAAGGAGAGAUGGGGGAGUGGGGAUUCCUGAGUUCACUCCUGGACGCUGUCCAGGAGCAUUCUCCCAUGGUGGGCCGUUUUUGGCUUGUGGUCAUGUUGAUCUUCCGCAUACUGAUUUUAGCUACGGUGGGCAGCGACAUGUUUGAAGAUGAACAGGAGGAGUUUGUGUGCAACACUUUACAGCCGGGUUGCCGGCAAGUAUGUUAUGAUCGAGCCUUCCCGAUCUCGCACUACCGAUUUUGGGUAUUCCAUAUUGUGUUGCUAUCUGCACCAGCUGUACUUUUUGUUAUAUAUUCAAUGCACCAAAGUGCCAAGAUGGAGAGGGAUGUAGAAGAAGAAGAGGCAGCACGAAGUGGGCAACAAGGUAAUGGCCCACCAAAAAUUAGAACAGAGAAUCGUGGUCGUCAUAUACGCACUUUUUACAUAGUCAAUGUGGUGAUGAGGAUUUUGGCAGAGGUGGGCUUCCUUGUGGGACAAUGGCUUCUCUAUGGUUUUAAGGUGGAGCCACAAUACCUUUGUCAACGAUUGCCCUGUACGCAUACAGUGGACUGUUUUGUGUCCAGGCCUACUGAAAAGACUAUUUUCCUGCAGUUCUACUUCGUUGUCGGGGUAAUUUCUGCAGUUCUAAGUAUAUCAGAACUUCUGCACAUCCUGUUGAAGAGAAAGUGCAGGUCCAGGGGAAUGGAAGGACCCAGUCCCCCACCUGCUUAUGAGAGAGACAAUUGGUCAAACAGAGAACAUGAGCGGACAAACCACCUGUUACUGCAAGGUCAGACAAAAGGUGAUGGGAAGACAAAUGGACCUGGUGGACACAGGCUUUCCAUCCCGUACCCUCAGGACAACACGUACAAAAUAAAAGUAGCUCCUAGUUCAGCCCAUAGCAGCAAAUCAUCUCGGAUGAUCGUCAAAGCAGACUUAACAGUGUAAAGUGAAGGUGGCAAAAUGGAAACAGGAUGUUUUUGUUACUUUCCCUGCAGACCAUGUCUGUUUGUGUCCAGUGGUCUGGGAGAGAUCUGUAACGACUGCAACUAUGGUGGUCUAACACGAAGGAGACUUGAAGAACAUAAUGUCCAAUGUCUGGAGAAACGUUGUCUUGCUAUUCCUUAAGUUUUCUAAUGUUUCUUAGAAAAUACCAUUAUUGACACUUGUCAGAGAAUUCCAUUGAUAUUUUAAGAUAUAUGCAUUUGGUAUUAUUAUUGUGGCAUUCUAGUUGUUAUGCAAAAUGACUGUUAAAUUGUCUCCAAACUAAAGGGCCAUCUCCAGGUUACAGUUUUGAUCACUAAAGUCUGAAUACUCAGUUCUUAAUAGAAAAGCUCUUUUUUUUUAUAAAACAGGGACAGGUCGUCAACAUCUAAUUGUAAGCUCUUUGGCCAUAGCAAAAGCCUUCCUAUUAUUCCUUUUUUUAUUUUGUUUAUGAAUAAUUGAAGGAAAUCACAAGUGGAUUUAUUUUCCGAGAAGUUCUGUAGGACAUUGCCCUUACCAUAUUCUGUGUUACCUAUGUGUCAAGAAAGAAGACUUGAGGUAUGAUAGAUGUGUAAAGGCACUCCAAAUGAUCUCUGAUAUUUAGAACCAGGAAUCCAACAGACAUGCUACAGGCCUAGGAAAUUUAAUCUAAAAGGAACAUAUAUACUUUCAGCUUUGAAAGACUCAGAGUUCUUAGAAACGUUACAUAGAAAGUUAAUCACAUUUUUCACUGACACUGCAAUAUUAAACUUUAAAAAAUAUGUAUAUUUUUUUAAAGUUUACGUUUCCUUUAAACGUGGCGUUAUCAAGGAAUGCAAUUAGCAUUUAUGAUUGUUUUGAAUUACCAUGUGACAAACUACUUUUUUCUUUUUUUGUCUUUAGAGUAGUUUGCAACUGGGAAUAAUCUCAGGAAAGGUGCAUUAAAUGCAAUAAAGUAUGACUAUGAAAUGGUUUAUUUUAAAAUGCCAAACCUCAUUUGAGUGUUACGGAUAUAGGGUGACAGUAGGCUAAAGGAUAAGGGAACUUGCAAAUCGCACUGAUAGUCAUCGGAGACAGUCUACAUAACCUUGAAAUCAGGGUCCCCCUACCUGUAACACUCCCUCUAACUGUAACAAGUUCCUCUAACACAGCUGUACCUGUGUCUAAGGACACUCUCCUGUAUAAGCAGCACUCAAUGACGCCACGUCCUAUGUUGAAAAGUUUGGGAUUUUUUUGUUUGUUUGUCUCCCCAUCACAUUGCCCUUCAAAUGAUGUGCAGGACUAAUCUUCAGGUUACAGGUUUGACCACUAAAGUCUGAAUACUCCGUUCUUUUUAUAAAACAGGGACAGAUCGUCAACAUUGAAUUGUAAGCUCUUUGGCCUAGCAAAAGCCUUCCUAUUAUUCCAUUGUAUAAACUCUUCCCAGUAUAUUGGAAAAUCAUAGCAAUACUAUUAUGUGACAUUUAACUAAGUAAAUAUGCACUAAAAUCAGGGAUAGGCAACCGUCGGCACUCCAGAUGUUGAGGACUACAUCUCCCAUAAUGCUUUACUAGUUAGAGCAUUAUGAGAGAUAUAGUCCACAGCAUCUGGAGUGCCGUAGGUUAUCUACCCCUGCACUAAAUGGAUACCAAGUACCACUUUAAAAGUAUUUGUUUUAAUAAAUGUAUCUGUAAAUAUUGUAUCAAUUGUUUUAUAAUGGGGUCCAAGGAUUGAUGUUCAAGGAUUGACAUACGUCCCACCGUAUCCCUAACGUGAUAUGAUGAUCGUGAAUUUGAAAUGACAAAUUGAAAGUGAGGAUCUGGGGGAAUUAAAGGCAUCUACUUGUAAAAUAGAAAGACCAACCAAAAUGUGUAUAUAUAAGAAUAUGUACAAAUAUUUUAUAUAAAAUUUUACAUACUUUAAG